CGGUCAGAGUCUGCCGCCUCAGCCCUGGGCUGGUCAUCCCAACAGUGGGUGCCAAACUCUUCCUGGGUUUUGAGCUGGAAGACCAAGCUCCCUCUACAGACUAUCAUGAGGUUGCUGCAGGUUCUGGUUCCUCAGGUGGAGAAAAUCUGUAUUGACAAAGGCCUGACCGACGAGAGUGAGAUACUGCGGUUCCUUCAGCACGGCACACUGGUGGGUCUGCUGCCUGUUCCACACCCGAUACUUAUUCGUAAAUACCAAGCUAAUGCUGGCACAGCUACCUGGUUCAGAACAUACAUGUGGGGCAUCAUUUAUCUCAGAAAUGUUGACCCCACCAAUCUGGUGCACAACUGAUGUAAAAGUUCUU